CCGCUGCUAACAAAAGCUGGAGUGAUGGAGCGGGUGGGGAAAAGCUGCUGGUGCUGAAGGGACUCCAGACCCGCAACACACACGACUUACAGUGCGUUUCACCGGAGGACGACUCGCCGAAAGAGUCAGAAGGAGGCAGAAAUACACCUUCUGAGAGCUGAAGUGUUGCUGUGGUUAAACUCCCCCUUCGCCUGGCUAGAGAGGGUCAAGACAGUUAAAAAGCAGCUCAGCUUUCACAUCGAGCUACAGCGGGAGGAGAAGGAGAGAAUAUUCGUGUUUUUAUUCUUCCACUUCGGCCACGGUGAAGACAGAGUAAACGAGUGAGACCGGUCGAGACCUAGGCGAACAUUCUCUGUGCUUUUUUCAGUCUUUUGGUUGUUGUCUUUGAGACGAAAGCGGUGGUGCAGCACAUAUAUAUAUACACACAUUCGACUCGAAUCGACCGGGAGGAGGAUGGACGAGCAGCCGCGGUUGAUGCACUCUCAUGCGGGCGUGGGGAUGGCGGGGCACCCCGGCCUGCCCCAGCACAUGCAGGAGGGAACCGGGGGAACCGACGGCGAUGGAAGAAAACAGGACAUUGGAGACAUUUUACAACAAAUUAUGACCAUAACGGACCAAAGUCUGGACGAAGCACAGGCCAGGAAGCACGCGCUGAACUGUCACAGGAUGAAGCCCGCGCUUUUUAACGUUUUGUGCGAAAUCAAGGAAAAAACAGUGCUAAGUAUCCGUGGUGCACAAGAGGAGGAGCCUCCCGAUCCCCAGCUGAUGCGACUGGACAACAUGCUGCUGGCAGAGGGUGUGUCUGGACCAGAGAAAGGUGGGGGGUCAGCGGCGGCAGCAGCUGCGGCUGCAGCUUCAGGUGGAGCUGGGGCCGAUAACUCUGCUGAACACUCUGAUUACAGAGCUAAACUCUCUCAGAUCCGCCAGAUCUAUCACACUGAGCUGGAGAAAUACGAACAGGCCUGUAAUGAGUUCACCACUCACGUGAUGAACCUGCUGCGGGAACAGUCCCGCACGCGGCCCAUUUCACCCAAAGAGAUUGAACGCAUGGUCAGUAUCAUCCACCGCAAAUUCAGCUCUAUCCAGAUGCAGCUCAAACAAAGCACCUGUGAGGCAGUCAUGAUCCUCCGCUCUCGCUUCCUUGAUGCCAGGAGGAAAAGACGAAACUUCAACAAGCAGGCCACAGAGAUCCUGAAUGAAUAUUUUUAUUCUCACCUCAGUAACCCAUACCCCAGCGAGGAGGCCAAGGAGGAGCUGGCCAAGAAAUGCUCCAUCACCGUUGCCCAGCAGGUCUCCAACUGGUUCGGAAAUAAACGGAUCCGAUAUAAGAAGAACAUUGGAAAGUUCCAGGAAGAAGCCAACAUGUAUGCUGCCAGAACCGCUGUCAGCGCGACCAACGCCUCGGCCCACGGCAGCCAGGCCAAUUCCCCCUCCACCCCCAAUUCAGCAGGUUCUGCUGGUUCUUUUAACAUGUCGAAUUCUGGAGACUUGUUUAUGAGUGUGCAGUCUAUGAAUGGGGAUUCAUACCAGGGGGCUCAGGUGGGAGCAAACGUUCAGUCACAGGUGGAUACCCUUCGCCAUGUUAUCAGCCAGACAGGAGGAUACAGUGAUGGCCUCACAGCCAGCCAGAUGUACAGUCCGCAGGGCAUCAAUGCCAACGGUGGCUGGCAGGAUGCUACUACCCCUUCCUCAGUGACCUCACCUACAGAAGGACCUGGGAGCGUCCACUCCGACACCUCUAACUGAUCCCUCCAUCAUCACCCCCAUUCCCUUACUACUGCACAAGAUGGACUCUUUCCUUUUCUCCUUCUCUUUCCCCUUCGUCUCUCCGUUUAGAAACAGUGCUCACACAGGUCUCUCCCACAUUAAAAAUACAUGCUACACUGAAUUUGCUUGAUUCUAAGGUGCGCAUCUUGAUACUUCCACAUGAAUAAAACACAAUUCUGAAAGUAACGUUUAUUUACUUUACUCACUGGCAGUAAUUGUGUUAAUGUAAUGUAUUUUACAUCAAUGUGGAAGUGAUGUACACAUCUUCAUCAAGCCAAGUCAGUGUCUCAUUGUUUUCAGUACAGGCUUUGGAAUGAAUGAGAGUUUACUGACCAUGGAUUGACUUACAAACUUAAAGGUGAAACAGAGACACACACAUACAAAUGCACACGCUAAAGACAGCAUUACUAGAGUGUGUGCGGAUCCACAUCUACCUACUUUCUCAUAUCCUGAGCGUAAACAACUUUAAAAAACACAAAUGUAUAGUUGGCCCGCAUCUUGGAUUAGUAUGUUUGUACAAUAUGUGCGCUACCUCUUAAGAAAAUAACAAAGUACAACAAAACAGAACAAAAAUAAAAAUAGGCAUCUCUCAAAACAUUUUUAUUUCUAAAAUAUAAUGCAUACUUCCAUAUCGCACCAUUUCCCAUAAAUGAACAGUUUCCGUUUCUUUAUCAUGGUGAUAAACCACAACCCCUUCGUCCCUAAAACAUUCUUCUGUCCAUAGUGCCAAAGUAUUUUUCUACAUUUUAACUAUCUUUUGAUUUACAUGUUCAUUUUACAUGAUUACACAUUUUCAUACUCUUCGUGUUGUAAUAUAGGGACAUACUGUAAUAUAAAGACUUAUUUUAUAUCUCCCUCUCUGAGUCAUGCUUGGGGUACUUGAAGAUGGUUUUUAAUUAGGCUUUACAAAAUAGCUUUGCUUUUAAUCGUAACACAAAAAUGUCUUUACUAUGAUCAUUUACAGCUAAUUUUUUGUCAUCCUUUCCCUGUAUGAUUUUCACUGGUGGCAAUGCAGUAUAGGCCAAAAUAAAGAAGAUAGUUUGUUACAUUCAUGCACAAUAAAUAAUCUGGUGACAAUUUAAAAUUGAGCGACUGGUGUCAACAGCGUCGGUGUUACUGAAUAGCCAAAAGCUGCUUUUAACCAAAAUCACUUAUGUAAUAAGUGCAAACAUCUGAAAUGUACAUUUUGAAAUUGCUCAGUUCCACAAGCGUUUAAACUCAGUGUGACCGUGCUGACAUUUUGCACCCAUUUCCAAAGUUGUUGUAUUUGGUGCUAUGAUGUUUUACACAUGAAUUAUUUUGAGUUUGUCUCUGAGUAACAUAUGGAGAGCUGUGAAAACAGAGGCAUGCAGUGCUGGAUGCGUAAAAGCUGCGGUUCAUUUGGUGUUUUUUGAUGUUCACAGUAUGAAUUUAAGAAGCUUUCUCUCAUCACAUAUUUCAUCUGAUUUUUCUUUUCCUUUCUUUGUCCAUCAGAUAGGGUGAGUCCAAAAUGUGAGAAUCUGAUUUUAGUUCAUAGUUUUCUUGGUGAGUUUUUUGUUUUUCAGCUAUUACGAAAUCGAAUCAGCCCAAUUAUUACUUUGAUACCAAAAAACAGCAGAUGUGUUUCAGUUUUGUUCAUCGCUGUCACUUCACAGAUGUCCAUGUUGUAAAUGAUGUAUUAUCUUGUGUAUCUGGGACCGUUCCUUAUCGAGCAUCCUGGUACAUCGUACUCAAAACCAAAAAUGCAGUCAGACUUCAGUAGUAUUUGUUGAAAGAAAAGAUGGCACACAUAAAUGCAGAAAAUGUUUGGAUAUAUUUUUACGUCUUCAUGUUGUGAAUAAUCUGAAACUGCGUUUCCUCUCCAUCCUCGGCUUGGUUACAGGGCAAGUUCUGUUUUCAUUUUUCCUUGCUGGCGUAAUGUGAGUUUUCCCAAGAAUGCGCUAUAUACAUAGAUGUGCACCUUUUUUUGCUCUUAUUUUGCUCUUUUUAAUGGCAGAAUCCAUUUUGAAUUGAUGAUAAUGGCUUGUGCUUUACAUAAACAUGGACCGAUCCUGGACACAUUGCGCAUUUAUAGAGAUAGUAUAAAGAAAUCAAGGGAUUGGUUACUAAGAUAAGUGGCAGGGCCAGCUGUGGGCAACUGGAGCAGCACAUGUGGACAAUAUGGACAAGCUUUUUCCUUUCAUUAAUAGCCUAAAUGACCUUAUCCCACCAAAUCAAAUUUUGUACAUCAUACCUAGAUGAAUUUUUCUCUUCCUUGUAUCUAAUCAAGAAAGCGUUAGCCUGUUUGGUUAGAUGCGCGAUGAGUCACUCAGCUACGUUAUGACAUUUCACAGUGAGCACCCAUGAAGAAAGUGCUUGUGUUUGAUCAUUGUCCAGCGUCUUUUGUCCUAAAUUAGGGGAGACCCUGGCAUCCUGGACGUGAGCUUUGGUCACUUAACGUCUUCGUUGUCAGUACAAAACCUCUCUAAAACUUUACAAGGCAAGAAAAAAAGUAACAAAAUGUUAUUCCAAGUUAUUUUGGACCAUUUAAAUUUUCUCAGCGCUGUCAAUUUGUAAAGAGCAGCUGGUGUUUUACAAUUAUUAAGAUGAAAAAUCAGGUUUUGACGAGCUGUUCAUGGUACCUUUAUAUAUGCUUUAAAACACAACUUUCUUUGCUAGAGCUUGUUAACUGAUAAGUUGAUUCACAUGUUUGAGCUCAGAAAUCACUAAAUUCAGGCAGCACAAUAUAUUGUUUUAUAUCAUGAUCAUGAUAUAGGCUUUUGACAUACUGAUAUCAUAAAAGGUUGCAAUCUCCAAUUGAGCCAUCUAACCAGUCAUAGUAUUUUUACUGUGUGCCAUUUCCUUGAUCUGGUAAACAGAAAGCAUUUUGGUCAAAAUAAUGUAAACCAAUCUUUAACCAUGUUGCAUAAAAUGCAUUUUUAAUAUGCAAUGGCUUAUUUCAAUAUGUAGCAAUAUAAUUAUAAUAUAGUAUUUUUGUCCUGCAGCCCUAUAAAAAGAUCCAGCCAUCCAGGACUUCAGUUAGACUCCUCACCAAAUUCAGUAGAGGGAGGAAUAUGCUCUGUUCAUUUUUUCACUCACGCCAACCCCUCUCUCAUUGCCUGUCCACUUUCAUUGUAUUGUUGUUGAAAGCUUCAUGUAAUGAUGCUUUUAGUUUUUUUGCGUUUAAAGCAAUUUGUAAAACAUCAAAUGUUUACUUUGUUGCAUGUCUUUUGUUCUUUAAAAAUCCUGCAGUGUUUUUGAAUGUUUCUUCUUUUUUAUAUAUAAAAAGCGCAGAGACUUUCUCUUGCCAAGUUUUAACUUUUAAGAUCUCUGCAUAUGUAUAAAAUGAAUAAAAUGGAACAGCAAAUUAUUGUCUUUUUGAUUCCAACUUGUUUUUGUGGAGAAAAAAAUAACAAGGUGUAGGUUUUCUGGUCUCUUAAUUUGUACUGGUAAUGCAUAUUCCGAAUAAAUAGUUUCUUUUGUUGCAA